AUGGACGUCAUGGAGUUAGUAGAGAACGAGCCCAACGCCCGCCCCUUCCAGUGUGACUGGCAAACUUGCAACAAAAGUUUCAAUCGAAAGUCCGACCUUCAAAGACAUUAUCGAAUCCAUACCAAUGAGCGUCCAUACUCAUGUAUGACUCCUGGUUGUGGAAAAAGCUUCAUCCAGAGGAGUGCCUUGACCGUCCAUAUCCGUACCCAUACAGGCGAGAAGCCUCAUCAAUGCCAGCAUAUUGGGUGUGGAAAGAGAUUCUCUGAUUCCUCCAGUCUGGCGCGACAUCGCCGCAUUCAUACAGGGAAGCGACCCUACAAGUGUGCUCAUGAGGGCUGCCUCAAAAGCUUUUGCAGAAAGACAACCAUGGUCAAGCAUCAACGUCGUUCCCACCAGCGAGGAGUUCACUCUUCGGAACUUGACGAUGGUGACACCUCUGAUUCCGACAGUGGAGAGUCCCCAUCCACUCCUCAACACCCUGGACACGUGCAAUGGCCUCAAACUGUUCAAAUUCCUCAACACAUGCCUCAUGGGCAUCACAUGCACCGAGCACACUCAUUUGCUGACUUUGGCCACCACCAAAUUGACAAUUAUCCCAUGCAGCAGAACUUCGGUCAUCGCCACAGUCUCUCAUCUGGAGGAGCUCAACACUUCAACGGUCCCAUCCAAGAACACGGCCAUCACAAUCCCAUAAUGCAUCGUGCUCCAAGUCUUCCUGCUCACUCUUCAUACUAUGUGCCAGAGCAGAACAAUCCCGGUGUCGCUACAUUGAACACGAACCCGACUCCCAUUCAAACUUACCAGAUUCCUCGUCAGCUGGAGCGACAAGAAGUUCUUCAAAGCAGUCCCAGCAGCUACUCAUCCGCUUCGAGAGCAAGUCCAGUGUCGCAGGAGCCCUUCUACACACACCACCCUGCACAAGCUGCGACAUAUGCACUCCAAAACUCGUCUCCGAUUGAGCAACAACCAAUGGUUCAGUACCAGCAGCAGAUGCCCCAGCAUCUUGCUCAGCAUCAUGGUCUCCCACAGCCAAUUUCGCAACCUCAUCAACAGGAACAGUUUCACUCUCCAGCGCCACAAGAAGGGCAGUGGUACGACAACGUUGCGUACCAAGCUCCUGUGGAGGUCAUCAGCCAUAUUCCAUCGUACCCUCAAACACAUGUCUUUACCGAUCCAUGGGCACAAAAAAUCGAGGCUUUUGACGAUCCAUCCUUGCAGAUGCCCAGUGCUCGCAUUGAGAAUCUGUAA